AAAAGAAGAGCAAGAAACGAAUAGUGGAGGCACAACACGAGAAGAAGAAAAGCUUGGAAGCAUAAUGGAAGGGGUUGGCGUUACAAAUGCAGACUAUGACGUGGGGCAUCAGGGCGAUAAUGGUGAGAUGCGUCCUCCUCUCCCCAGCCGAAAGAGCAGCGGCCCGCUCGUCGUCCCUCGCGACAGCUUGGCCGUCGGUCCCGUCGAGCAGUCAUUCGGCCCCGAUGACGUCCGAUCCAUGAGCCCACGUCGUACUAGCGAGGAUAUCGAGGCCCUCGGAAGAGAAGCCAGGGAAGAACUCAAAAGGCACGCCAAAGCGCUGCAAGAAUCACUCUUGACCAUUUUCCAUCGCAUCGAAGCUGUCAGAGAGGAACAUGAUAAACUUGACAACAAUAAUAAGUUUCUCCAGAAAUACAUCGGCGAUCUCAUGUCCACCAGCAAAAUCACCGCGACGACCAGCAGCAGGGCCAAAAAAUAGGACCCUCGAUGUCAGUCGAUGGUGCAGCAGCACGGGACGUCGAAGAAAAAAAAAAAGCAACGCGAGCGUUGUUUUCGAGCCGAGGCCGUCGAUUCGUUUCGAGUUUUGCGAAUGGGUAUGCAUGGCUUGUUGCACUAUUCC